CCAUGCUGUUACACACCUCACACAACACGUUUAUGUCAUAGAAAUACUGUCCGUGGGCUUCGCAUCUGAACAAAUCAUUCAAUAUGAAGGGCACCCAAUCCUCUUUGCUUACGGUAAGGAUGCAGCAAAAGCCUACGAUGCAUUCCGCACGAUCCACCAUGAAUGAUAACUACCUGGAAAAUGGGGAAGAAGGCGCCGCAGCGGCGGCCAAUGCGACUGUGGACAGCAUCCUAAAACAGGUGCUGAGUGAGGAGGCCCACCUAUUGAAUGCAUCGAACAGCUCGAUGGAACAGCUGGACCAAGUGAAGUGUUCGCGCAUAGUGGUUGCUGAGGACCUGGUCAUGGACCCGCGGCUGCUGGCCUGGAACCGCGUGCUGGAGCAGCGCCGCAGACUGCAGAAGCGAAUCGAGCGGGAGACGGGCAAGCGGCCCGAGGACGUUCUGUUCAACCGCCCGACGACCAUCGACGAGGCCAGCAAGCGGAUGAUCCUGCGCGUCCUCGACACGGCUGACAGGUCGCGUCCACAGGUGCGUGUCCAAGAGGACUCUAUGCUGGGCACGCUUAAGGCGCGCUGCGAACCCGAGCUCUGCCGCGAGAUUCGGGAACUGUAUGCAGCCAAGCCGCAACUCCAGCCAGUGGAGUUCGUCGGCCUUCCGCAGGUCACCCAGGAGGAGCUGACUGCCACCGCGACUGCCACCGAAAGCCAGUGGCACCGCUCUGAGAUCCUUGGCCAGCGAAUCCAGGUCAACAAGCAAUCCAUCCAAAACGUACUUGAGUUUGCUCCCGAACUUGAGAAGCUGCAGAUUGUCCCCACCAAUGUGGAGACGCACACCAAGAUGGAUCCUAUUACCAUGAUUGGCGUGGACCACAUGCAAGCCAUCUCCGAGGAUUCUACACAGGAAGAUGACGAGGACUCGGAGGCAGAGAUGGAUGCUAUACUCCAGGAGUGGGAGGAAGAGGACGGUCCAGCAGACAUUGAGGUGACAACGGCGACAAAGGAAGUUGGCAAAGAACAAGUAGAGGUCACCGAUUUGGAUGAGUACCAGACUACUGAUGGGGUGAUGAUUAACGGAUGUUUAUACGACUACCGCGAAAUGAAAGGGCCGAACAGGAAGGGCAUCCAAUUGCUGCUCAAGUGCGAUCCUCACCAGCGUGUGGUCAAGACACUGGUGGACAUUCAGAACCUUAGCCAGAAACUCCUGCACGUAUACUGGGCGAGCAGGAAUCGCUCCCGGACAGACCACCAGCCCAUGGAGGGCGAGCUGGUUUUCGAUCGCUGCGAGUUCAUCUUGGAGCCAAAGAGUCGCCGGCAGAUCCGCGUUCUUUAUCAUCCGCAGGUUGUGGGCUUGACCACGCAGCGCUGGAGUCUGUGCCUUGUCAAGUCGCCCGUCUGCGGCACCCGGCGCCUCAUGGUAAUCAUCCAGGGCAUGUGCACCAUGCCAGAUCCCUAUCUGCGGCGACUGCAGAACCACCGGCAGGUGCCGGGCGACAAGCAACAGCUCCGGCAGGCCAACAGCAUCCUCAAGGUGCAGGCCAGCCUGGCGCCCAUCAUCGAGAACCCACCGCUGAUGUGUCCCUACCAGAGAAUCCUUGACGAGCGAGAACUUUUCAACUCUGAAAACCCCUCCUACCGCUGCGAGCGGUACGCCGAUCUGGAGGCUCUCAAGGAUCUAUACGCGCUGGCCAAGAAGCCUCGUGACCGGCCCUGGGACCUGAGUAUCGAGAGCCUGCGCCGCUCCAUCAGUAGGCGGGAGACCCGUUUGCUACGGGAGAGUCUGCACAACAAGCUGGUCGACCUGCUCCAGCCGAUGAAGUGCAACAGGGGCGAGGCCCUCAUCCGGAUGGAGCACAAUCCAGAGCGGGACCGGGCCUGCUUCAUCUAUGUGCGUGGCACCAUCAGCAGUGCCAUCGAAGAGUGGGAGAAGAUGGCCCUAGGCCUGGACGAACAGUUUUUCAAGAUGGAGCUGCUGCGUCAACAACGUAAGGAGCAGGAGAAUAAGGAAAUGGAGGAGAACCCAAGGAAAACCCUGCAGUUUCAGGAUCUCUUGGAGCUGCCGGAGGAGCUGAAGACCAUAGAAAAUGUCUCGAGAAGGACCAGGAGCAACAAGUAUUUGAAGGAUUCCCUCUACAUGCACACCUACAAUCUGCUCUGCGAUGCCGCCGAGGACAUCGUGUCCGUGAUCGAAAGCACAAGUCACCUAUGAUCCAAAUGCUGGCUGUGGGCAACUAUUUCAAAUCAUUUUCAGACUUUUCCAAUUGUAGAUACCGAGCUUCGCCCUACUCUCAAGUUCAUACAUAUAUUUCCUUACUUUGAGCUGCAAUAAAAAUAAUGAAAACAA